UCUCUCUCUCUUCCUUCUAUAUGCAAUGUGUGUAGGGGAUUAGGGAGCUGUAAAUCUCAUAUCCUUAAGUCUUACAGAGGUUGUGUGUGUGUUGGGAGUGGCUAUAUAUACUUGCUUUCAGUCACAAGAAGAGAAGGGUUAAGAAGACCAACAAAAAUCUAAGGAAACCAAUCCCUUGUGAAGAGACUGUCAAGUAUCACCAUGAUUUCUAACAAGCUUCAUACUUCUUCCGGAAGGAGACUUGAAGGUAAGGUUGCAGUGAUCACUGGAGGUGCUGCAGGAAUUGGUAAAACUACAGCCAAAUUGUUCUGCCAACAAGGUUGUAAGGUACUUAUUGCUGACAUCCAAGAUGAAUUGGGUCACUCUGUUUGCCACGAAAUUGGCCCAGAGAUGUCCUCAUUCAUCCAUUGUGAUGUUACCAAGGAAGAUGAUGUGAAGAAAGCAGUAGAUGAGGCUAUUACAAGAUUUGGAAAGCUUGACAUAAUGUUCAACAAUGCCGGAGCAAUUGAUCCACCAAAGAUAAAGAUAAUGGAUAACGAAAAAUCUGAUUUUGAUAAUGUCCUCAGCGUCAAUGUCACCGGUGUCUUCUUAGGCACCAAACACGCAGCCCGUGUUAUGUUACCCCUGAAACAAGGAAGCAUAAUUAACAAUGGUAGUGUGAGUUCAAUCAUGGGAGGUAUAGCUUCUCAUGCUUAUGUUGCUUCAAAGCACGCAGUAGUAGGUCUCACCAAGAAUGCAGCCGCAGAGUUGGGCCGGUCCGGGAUAAGGGUUAACUGUGUCUCUGCAUUCGCGAUUGGAUCGCCCUUUUUUAGGAAUUUGGUGAAGGAGUAUGAUGAUGAUGAGAUUGAGAAGAGGGUAGAGAAGAUGUCUAGUCUUAAAGGAGUUACCUUGACUGCACAAGAUAUUGCUGAGGCUGUUCUUUAUUUUGGAAGCGAUGAAUCAAUAUGUGUGAGUGGACAUAAUUUCGUCAUUGAUAAAGGCUUUACUGUUACAAAUACCAACUUUGGUAUGUUCAACCAAUUAAACUCCUGAUUAGCAUCCUAAGGGUAGCUCAGUUGGAAAAAUCAAUUCCGCAUAAUAAAGAGAUCAAGAGUUCAAAUAUAUUGGGACCUACCAAUAAAAAAAAAAAAUCUGUACUUUAAUAAAUAAAUAAAUAAACAAAAAAUAAGUCUUUGGCAAAUGAUGUGUGUGUGUGUGGGGUGGGGUGGGGGAUGGUGGUAUUGUUGAUGUAUUAUUCCUCUAAAAAAUAAGUAUAAAU